AUCAAGGAACAUUGGCCCGGGGCUGGGGGGUUCGGCUACCAGUGGCCAAUUGCGCUUUACCGGGGCGUGGAGAGCGAGCCAGUGCCGCUGUAUAUAUAUAUCCAUCACUUAAUACUCUGGAUAUUAACACUUGAAGCUCGGUGACAGUAGCCGCGGUCACAGGCUCUCUCAGCCGCUUCAGACCCUCGCCACCUCAGCAGCAGCAGCAAAAGCAGCAGUAGCGGUAGAGGACAGAAGACUGAAAGAUAGGCAGUCUCUUUCUCUCGGCUAGGCCGUAGUCAUUGUUGUAGUCGUGAUCGAUGAGUCUGUCCGGGAAGCAGCGGUUCUCCGCCAAUUCUUUCUCCGGGUUCGGGAGCCGGAAGAUGGCAUUGUCCUCCGCCGGGGGGUCGUCAAUGCGCUCCAGCUUCGGGAGCAGAAUGGGCAUUGGGGCCGGAGGAGGAGGCGCUAGUCUGGGCUUCGGGAAGGGCUUUGGAGACGGUGGAGGAGGAGGGUUCAGGAUGUCAUCCUCCAGCCACAUGGCAGGUCUGGGGAGUGGGAUAGGCACUGGUGGCGGCGGAAGCGGGAUGUUCGGGGGCGGUGGAGGUGGUGGAGGAGGAGGUUUUGGGUACGGUGGAGGUGUUGAGGACACGUCCCUCGGGUUCGCCGGUAACGAGAAGCAGCACAUGCACAACCUGAACGACCGCCUGGCAACCUACAUGGAGAAGGUUCGCCAGCUGGAGGCCACCAACCACCAGCUGGAGGAGAAGCUGAAGACCUUCACCUUCAACAAGGUGGAGGCGCACGACCUGACCAUCUACGACGCAACACUCAAACCACUCAUGGAGCAGCUCAUGGGUUUCCUGAUACAGAACUCUCAGAUUGCUGUGGAGAUCGACAACGCAAAGCUGACUGCUGACGACUUCAGAGUCAAGUGGGAGAAUGAGCUGUCUUUGCGCCAGUGUGUGGAGGGGGACAUUGGGGGUCUAAGGAAUCUGCAGCGGGAGUUUGAGAUGAACAUCACAGCCAUGAUGCAGGACCUGCAGGGGUACGAGAACGAACGGGCCUCCAUGGCGAAGAGCCAUGAAGAGGAGCUGUUGUCCAUGCGUGGGGGGAUGACAGGCCAGGUGAACGUGGAUGUCCAGGCUGCUAAGAGCCAGGACCUGUCUCUGAUGCUGGCUGAAGUCAGGUCGGAGUACGAGGCGGCCGUGGAGAAAAACCGCAGACAGGCCGAGGCCUGGUACAUGAAACAGGUGGAGAUGAAGCAGGCAGAGUCGGCGGUGCUGAUGGAGACGACCACGACGACCACGUCAGAGAUGACAGAGUUACGGAACCGCUACCAGACCCUACAGAUGGAAUACCAGGGACUACGUAUGGGGAUGGCUAACCUAGAGGCCAGGCUGUUGGAGGUUCAGUCCCAGUUCCAGCAACGUCUGUCUGGGUAUAGUGGCAAGGUGAUGGGCCUGGAGGGAGAACUGACCUCUAUAAGGGCCAGCACCACUGAGCAGAGCCAGGACUACCAGAUCCUUCUGAACAUCAAGAGUCGUCUAGAGAUGGAGAUCCAGCAGUAUAAGCAUCUGCUGGAGGGAGCCGGCCUGGAAGGGGGCAUGAUCUCUGGAGGGGCUGACCUGGGAGGAGGAAUGGUGGUCUCUGGAGGGGCCGGGAGGUCGGCAGGUAAGACUGUUGUGACCAGGACCACUGUGUUGGAGGUGAAAUCCUCGGGAGGAGGAGUGGGGACGGGAGGAAGUUCCAUGUUGAUGCAUUCCACUAGCUCUACCUCCAGCAGUUCUGGGGGCGGGGCUGCCAUGAUGUCAUCAGGAGGCGCUGCGAUGGUGUCCGGCGGGGGACCAGCCAUGAUGUCAUCAGGAAGCCCUGCGAUGGUGUCCGGCGGCGGAUCAGCCACAGCGCCAUCAGGAGGAGGCACGGCGCGAUCAGGAGGAGGCACGGCGCCAUCAGCAGGAGGCACGGCGCCAUCAGCAGGCGGCACGGCGCCAUCAGGAGGAGGCACGGCGCCAUCAGGAGGAGGCACGGCGCCAUCAGCAGGAGGCACGGCGCCAUCAGGAGGAGGCACGGCUCCAUCAGCUGACGGCACGGCGCCAUCAGGAGGAGGCACGGCGCCAUCAGCAGGAGGCACGGCGCCAUCAGGAGGAGGCACGGCGCCAUCAGGAGGAGGCACGGCGCCAUCAGGAGGAGGCACGGCGCCAUCAGCAGGCGGCACGGCGCCAUCAGGAGGCGGCACGGCGCCAUCAGGAGGCGGCACGGCGCCAUCAGGAGGCGGCACGGCGCCAUCAGCAGGAGGCACGGCGCCAGCAGCAGGCGGCACGGCGCCAUCAGGAGGCGGCACGGCGCCAUCAGCAGGAGGCACGGCGUCAUCAGCAGGCGGCACGGCGCCAUCAGCAGGCGGCACGGCGCCAUCAGGAGGCGGCACGGCGCCAGCAGCAGGCGGUACGGCGCCAGCAGGAGGAGGCACGGCGCCAGCAGGAGGAGGCACGGCGCCAUCAGCAGGAGGCACGGCGCCAUCAGGAGGAGGCACGGCGCCAUCAGCAGGCGGCACGGCGCCAUCAGCAGGCGGCACGGCGCCAUCAGCAGGAGGCACGGCGCCAUCAGCAGGAGGCACGGCGCCAUCAGCAGGAGGCACGGCGCCAUCAGCAGGCGGCACGGCGCCAUCAGCAGGCGGCACGGCGCCAUCAGCAGGCGGCACGGCGCCAUCAGGAGGCGGCACGGCGCCAUCAGCAGGCGGCACGGCGCCAUCAGCAGGCGGCACGGCGCCAUCAGGAGGCGGCACGGCGCCAUCAGCAGGAGGCACGGCGCCAGCAGCAGGAGGCACGGCGCCAGCAGCAGGAGGCACGGCGCCAUCAGGAGGCGGCACGGCGCCAUCAGGAGGCGGCACGGCGCCAUCAGCAGGCGGCACGGCGCCAGCUGCAGGAGGCACGGCGCCAUCAGGAGGCGGCACGGCGCCAUCAGGAGGCGGCACGGCGCCAUCAGGAGGCGGCACGGCGCCAGCAGCAGGAGGCACGGCACCAGCAGCAGGAGGCACGCCGCCAGCAGCAGGAGGCACGGCGCCAUCAGGAGGCGGCACGGCGCCAUCAGGAGGCGGCACGGCGCCAUCAGCAGGAGGCACGGCGCCAUCAGCAGGAGGCACGGCGCCAUCAGCAGCCGGCACGGCGCCAUCAGCAGCCGGCACGGCGCCAUCAGGCGGAGGCGUUGCAAUGGUGUCCGGCGGGGGACCAGCUCUCAUGUCAUCAGGAGGCGUCGCGAUAGUGUCCGGUGGGGGACCAGCCACGGUGUCAUCAGGAGGUGCGCCGACGGUGUCCGGCGGAGGUUCCAUCAUGAUGUCAUCGGGCGGGGGCAUGACCGUGUCCGGUAGCAACUCGUCUUCUACCAGCUUGUCGACCAGCUCCACCAUGGAAGGUAAAGUCUCUACUGGUGACAUUACCAAAGUUCCCAUAUAGUGAUUCCCUUCUCUGAUCCACGUCACAACACUCUCCAGGACCACGGAACCCCCCCCCCACACACACACACAC